AUGUUGACAGACGACCUUCGUAAAGAUCACCGUGUACAGAUACAGUCUAGGUUACUCUCUGUGGCCUCCAACUCAUCACCCCUGGAGAAUAUCGUUCAGCUCAUUUCUGCUGCUGUCAUUAUCUUUGAACACUCUUUCGACAUUUUCGACAAGCGGCGCUAUCUUCAGGAUGAGGAGUCUGAUCCCUCGUUUUAUGUUGCUCUCGAGCAGUACAUGGCAUCUCCACAUGCAGCUGCUGUCAGGGAAGCUGUGAACACUGCCGUCCAUGCAUAUGAAGAAGCUGUAGCUACUGCCGUCCAGGCAUAUGAAGAAGCCAUGAGGACUGCUGUCUUCCCAUAUCAAGGAAGACUGUCUGCUUGGAUGGCGAAGUUACCGUUUAAGCGCUUCAAGAGGAAGGCACAAGAAGCUUUUGAACACUCUCAGGAGGCGAAGCAAUCCUUUGAAUGCUCUCAGGCAAAGGAAAAAGAAUCUUCGUGCACUUAA